AUGCCAUCGUCAUCAGUGUCCCGGUCCUCGUCAUCUUCGCCAUCAUCGCCCUGGCCGUCCCUGGCGAUUGCUUUGAGCUGCUCUUUAAAGAUGCCGUUCUCACUGUCAAAAGCGGCGCGCUUUCGAGGGCUUCGCACGCCCUCGAGUGGGGCAUCCUCUCCCUACUCCUGUCCAUCAUCAUCGCCAUCAUCAUCGCCAUCACAGUCAUGGGUCGGAAGGAGCCGCUGUUCGAGAGGUCCGAAAAACUCGUCGACCCCCCGCUCCCUUACGCACAGCCCGCGCAGCAGGCGCCCCAACAACCCAUGCAACAACCCAUGCAACAACCCUUGCAACAACCCGUGCAACAGCCCCCCGUACAACCGCACUACGCCCCGCCACCCCAGCCGCAGUACGCCCAACCAGGCCAGCCCCCUGCUCCGCAAUAGCUCGACGCUUCGUGAAGACCGGGCACCCGGUCCGCACCGUCGAGCGCAACUUACACAAGGAUGCCGCCUCCGUGAGGCGCUCGCCGCGGCUGGCGAGAAGGGUUAUACCUCGUUUAUCAUUGCACCGUUUGUGGCGUUGGUGCUCUCGCAUGCUUUUUUCUAUGUGUAAGGUUGUGGUCGUUGAUUGCGUUUCAUUGUGGAAAACCGCACUUCGGACUUUCUGAUUUUGGAACAGCGGUCCGGGAAAUGCAGAUGAUGAAAGGUCAGCAUGCAUGAGUUUGGAGUUGCGGGGUUUUCAUUCCCUAUCCAUUAGUGGGAAGGUGUAUGAGACUCGUUUCAACCGCUCCCUCUUCACAUGAAUAGCCCUACAUGGCUUUACAAAGGCACCGCGUGAAGUCGAUACCUUGUAGCAAGAUUAAAGAGAACAGCUUCAUGUACU